AUCCAAUUGGUUAUCUGUUGGUUUAUUGCAAAUCUACAGCAAUCAUGCCUGAUCCAGUUAAGGCGCCCAAGAAGGGCUCAAAGAAAGCCGUCUCCAAGGCCACCAAAACCGGCAAGAAGAGGAGAAAGACCAGGAAGGAGAGCUACGCCAUCUACGUGUACAAGGUGCUCAAGCAGGUGCACCCCGACACCGGCAUCUCCUCAAAGGCCAUGGGCAUCAUGAACUCCUUCGUCAGUGACAUCUUCGAGCGCAUCGCCGGUGAGGCCUCCCGUCUGGCUCACUACAACAAGCGCUCCACCAUCACCUCCAGGGAGAUCCAGACCGCCGUCCGCCUGCUGCUGCCCGGUGAGCUGGCCAAGCACGCCGUGUCUGAGGGCACCAAGGCCGUCACCAAGUACACCAGCUCCAAGUAAACUGAUCCUGAUAUCUACAACAACCCAAAGGCUCUUCUAAGAGCCACCA